UAAGAAACGAGGAAAACUUUUUGUUUUUUUUUAAUUUCACGCUUCUGCGGUGCUAGUUUUGCUCCAGUAGGUGGCUGUGAAGAUCUUGACUGACAGGUAGCCAGACGCAAGAAGAAGAGCACACCUACUGGGGCAAUACAUAUAAAACAAAGGUUGUGAGCUUCUCCGGCUGGGGCUCAGGAUGCAGGACUGAAGUAAAUAAUCAAAUACGGUAAAGUGGAGGGGAGCAGAAGUUACCAGACAUGCUGUGGUGCCUGAAAACAAAGCGGAAACACCAUUAUUAGACUGGUCUGGUCAGAGUAGAAUUCAGUGUCAUAUUGUUUAGCCGAGCUGUUCUGCUGUCCAUCAUGGUUGAUAAUCGGUACGCCACAGCUCUGGUCAUCGGUUCAGUGCUGAGUCUUUUGGCCACAGUGUACUUGUCUGUGGCCGUGGGCACUCAGCACUGGUACCAGUACAGCGGGCCACCGAUUAAACAAGACGGCAGCAACGUGUCCAAGCUGAGAGAAGACUUCAUUAAUGGAGAGUUCGAUGAGAAGACUUACAGUGAGUCCAUGUACGUGCUUAACGGCACUCUUGGCCUGUGGUGGAGGUGCAUUCAGGUACCCAGCGAGUCACCGUGGUACAAAGAACCAGAUCCCAAACUGGAGACUCAGUGUGUGAGCUUCACUCUUCCUCAGCAGUUCAUCCCCAAGUACAAGUAUGAUGCAACCCAGAACAAUGAAGAUCUUUUGAGAACAUAUCUGUGGAGAUCCCAGUUUCUUCUGCCUUUGGUAUCUCUGGCCUUAGUGUUCCUCAGCGGCCUGGUGGGGGUCUGUGCCUGCCUGUGUCGCAGCUUCACUCCCACCUUUGGCGUGGGAGUGCUUCACCUUCUUGCAGGUCUAUGUUCACUGGGAACAGUCAGCUGUUUCCUAGCUGGUGUGGAUUUGCUCCACCAAUAUUCUAAACCACCAGGGGGAGUGGAGAGCUCUCUGGGCUGGUCCCUCUACCUCGCCCUCAUCUCCUUCCCUCUGCAGAUGAUGGCAGCUGCUCUCUUCCUAUGGGCAGCCAAGAGUCACCGCAAAAACUACACCCGAAUAAUCGCGUAUAGAGUCGCAUAAAACAGGUUUGUUUUCACUUCAGGCUAACCAGGAAUUGUAGGGUUAAAGUUUUCUUUCAAAGGGAUUCUGAUGAAUCUAUGGUUGUGUGGGUCAUGGUGAGACCAGUAAAGAUCUAGAUUGGUUUGAUCCGAGUUUGAAGUGGAUAAAAGCUAUUCCCCUCUAGUCCACCAGGUAGCAGUAAUGUACAAAACAUUUUUAACUAAAAUAUAAUGAAUGUAUUUUAGCAAGACAACUAAAUAAACACCUGUAUCUAAAAUGUUGAAAUCAGUUGAGAGUAAAAUCAUAGUUUUUGUAAGUUCUGCUACAGCAUAUCAUAAGCUUUGACCUAAAUGCAUUAUAUUUGGUGCCAAAAAAGUAUCUGGCAACUGGAAAAACACAUUCUUCCAGAUAAAACUUCUUAUUCCUGGUCAUAGUUCUUCUGGAGGAAUUUUACUUAGAGACAGAUUUGUGUGUGUAACUGUAGAGGAACACGGCUGUCUGAGGAUGUCCAUACACGUCCUUAUUAUUUAAAAAAAGAAAGAGAGACUAAUUUUGUUUAUAUGACUGCAAAAUGUCCUAAAAGGUUAUUUACAUGGACGUCUUAUCUGAGUUUUCUAUUUUACUUUGGGUUUUUAAACUUUCUCUUACUUCUUAACCAGAACAAGUACAUUUCAACACCCACCUAGACAUGGGGAGUAUUUCAUUGUUAUACGUAGGUUUAAACUGUGUUGUAGUGUAGUGAAACCUGUUUGCCUUCUUUUGAAUUGCCACCUUGCUUUCAAAGCUGCUUAGCAAAUUGCUCUUAAAUCAAUGGUAAAGAUGCACUGUGACAAAAAACCUUCAUAUUUAAGAUUAUUCUUCUCUACCAAUGCAUGAGAAAAGUUACACAAUAUAUUUUAUAUUUCUCUUUGAUUUUUGCCUUUUCGUAAAGUGUAGUUUUUACUACAAAUGCCUUCUAAUUUGAGAUUUAAAACUCCUGUGGAAAUGGUUUGUUUCUAUCUGUGGUAUGUGUGGAUUAAAUGUUAUUUACUAAAAAUGUAAACAA